AUGCUGGACCCCCGGGCCGCCUCCGCUGACUCGUCCGGCUAUGAAACCGAUACGCCGGACGAGGUGCAGCAGGAGGCGGUCCGCAGGGUAUGCGGCGCGCUCGGCAUGAGGGAGCAGUUCGAGGCGGCGAUGGCGGCGGGCGAGCUGCUCGAGAUGCUCGAGAGCUUGCCGCGAGGGGCGGUCGAGGCCUCUGUCCGACAGAUGCGGGGUUACAACCGCACGGGCGAGUGGCCAGAGCCCAUUCUCACCAGCCCUGCCCCGCAGCGCGGCCGCUCGCCAAGCCCCGUCGAUGAGUGCUUGGGAUGUCCGUUGUAUUUAUUUAUUUAUUCGGUCGCCGCGUCGCACGUCGAGCCCAUCGACAUGCGGCUGCACGGCGGCUGGGGCUCGGUCGCCGCCCCUCCGCUCGCCUCGGACGCCGCCCAAGACGACGGCGAGACUCUCUGCUGCGCCGUCUCGGGGGCGGCUGCGGACGGCUCUGGCGAUGUCAUCGCCCUCGUCGACAGUGCCAGGCCCUCCUCUGGAGAUCAAUUGCGUAACUAUGUCGCCAUUUGA